CCCGAGAGCAAGCGGGUUCAGGUGUCUCCCCGGCUCCAGCCCUCGUUGCCGCUGCUCCCGCUGCUGCCGCCGCUUUACACCAUGGGCAACGUCCUGGCUGCCAGCUCUCCGGCCCCCCCUCCUACAGUGUCAGGGCCAGGCUCGGGCUUAGUAUCAGUGCCGCCGGGUUUCACCAUGCCUCCGGUCACCGGACUGGUUCCCCCUGUGCAAGACCGCAGCGCGGAAGAAAAAUGCGACCAGCUCCCCAACCCUGGCACUUUCGAGGAAUGUCAUCGGAAAUGCAAAGAAUUGUUUCCUAUCCAAAUGGAGGGGGUGAAAUUAACGGUAAACAAAGGUCUCAGCAAUCACUUUCAGGUCAACCAUACGGUGGCGCUCAGCACAGUCGGGGACUCCAAUUAUCACUUCGGGGCGACGUAUGUCGGGACGAAGCAACUAAGCUCCACAGAGGCCUUCCCGGUGCUGGUAGGGGACAUGGACAACAGCGGCAGCCUUAAUGCACAGAUUAUCCACCAGCUCACAAAUAAAAUUCGGUCAAAAGUGGCUUUUCAGACGCAGCAGGCCAAAUUUGUGAACUGGCAAGUGGACAGCGAAUUCCGAGGUACAGAUUUCACCGCUGCCGUCACGCUAGGGAACCCCGAUAUUUUAGUAGGCUCAGGGAUCCUAGUGGCACAUUACCUGCAGAGUAUCACGCCGUGUCUGGCGCUGGGCGGUGAGUUGGUGUACCAUCGACGGGCAGGAGAAGAGGGGACCGUCAUGUCAUUAGCUGGAAAGUACACAGCGCCAAACUGGAUCGCGACGCUGACAGUAGGACAGGCUGGAGCCCAUGCCACAUAUUACCACAAAGCCAGUGACCAGUUGCAGGUGGGUGUGGAAUUCGAAGCCAGCAGCCGCAUGCAAGACACCAGCGCAACCUUUGGAUACCAGCUGGAUCUCCCCAAAGCCAACCUCCUUUUCAGAGGCUCCAUCGACAGCAACUGGAUCGUGGGGGCGGUCUUGGAAAAGAAGCUGAUUCCGCUGCCCCUCACGCUAGCUAUGGGCGCCUUCCUGAAUCACCGCAAGAACAAAUUCCAGUGCGGCUUUGGCCUGACCAUUGGUUAAACUGCCCUUCUCCUUCUCCCUCCUCUUCCUCCUCCUCCUCCUCCUCCUCUUCUUCAGUGCAGUGCGUGGCCCCGUUUUCCUCCCGCCCCGCAUCCUUGUCUGGCCAGAGGUAGCUGUUGGGGGUG